AUGGGCAUCGUAGUGACGCUGGGUGACGCAUACUGCUUUUCUAAAAUGCACAAGCCAGGGGAGGCUGCCAAAGGCUGUAUCCUGGAUGGAAAACUAUACCCCUUUGGAGAGAUCGCAAGGACAGAUAAUUGCUUCAGAUGCAGCUGCAACCCAGAAUCAAUGCGUUGCUGCUCCCUCUUUCAUACUCCUGUUGGUUAUGACAAAGAGAACUGUAAAGUCGUUUUCAACAAGAAAAGCUGCGACUAUGACGUGGUGCAGAAGAGUGACCCCUCAAAGGAGUGCCCUGUCUAUUCUCGUGUGGGCUAA